AUGGAAUCUGAAUAUAGAGAUUCUGUUCUUGUCGCCAUCGACUUUGAGAAUACGGCCAACUUUGACAAAUCGACAAAUCUUCCUAUAAAUGACGUUCAAGUUGGACUAGCCAUUCUAGAUCCUACACAUCUCAGUUCUUCAACUUCCUCGGAACAUCUAAUAUCAACCUAUAAUUUUGUUGCUGGGUCAGCAGCAUACUGCCGAAAAGCUGGAUUGAAGUUCUUAUUCGGAAAGCCCGUGGUCAUUGGUCAUCAUCAAAUGCUAACCAGUAUAAUGCAAUGCAUUCCACUGGGUCGCAAGAUUCUUCUCGUAGGCCACGAUAUUCGACAUGAGAUACGAAUCUUAAGGCGGUUGAAGUUUGAUUUUUCACACUUUGAAAUCACUGGCUCCCUUGACACAUUCAGAAUAGCUCCGCAAGUUCUUCCCUACUUUUCUCUUUCUCUUGGGGAGCUUCUCACUGAACUUCAAUGUCCGCAUAAUUGGCUGCAUAAUGGCGGUAAUGACGCACAUUUCACCUUGCGGGCCUUGCUCUUAUUAGCUGAGCGCAGUUGCCCUGGCGAUGUGGGGAUAAACAGCAACUUGAGCCGCGCAGUAGCGGCUGCAAGAUUACCGAUCCCUCACAUCUCGCCUGGUGAAACUGAAAUGAUUGCUCAAGAACAAUUGACUGCUGCUAGAAAAAGAGAAAAGAAAAGAAUCAAGCGAAUUAAAAAUACGCGGAAGUAUCAGUCGAAAUCUUGGGGCCCUGAAAUAAUUGAACAGAUCCGGGCUGAAAGAGCUGCCAAAAAACUCAAUAACGAGAAAUAUGGAUCUUGA